AUGGGCAAUCAUCCUUCCUCACCGAAAUCAUCAUCCCACUAUUCACCUUUUGACCACAACAACCACACCAAUAGCACACACUCCUCAAGUACUCAUCACAGAUUACAACGUUCCUCAUCAUUGGCCUCUAAACAUCGGUCUGGUUCUGUACUUCUUGAUAGUAAUUAUGUUCAUCAUCAUCAACAACAACGAAUCAAUAUAACUGCUUCGAGCACGGGAGUGGAUGCCUCAGAUUCAUUGCAUCAUCAUUCAAAUCAUCAUUCAAAUCGAAAAAGUCAUCAUUUUCAAACCAAGUUAAUGAUGGAAUAUGAUGAUCUCAAUAGCGACAACAACUCAACCAUUUUAUUCAAUGAAGAAAAUGCAUUGGAUGCAAAUUCUGCAUUUUCAAAUUCUCAAUUGUCAAAUGUCAUUUCAUCUCUUGCACAAUACAAGGUACUUUUAUUGGGUGGAGGAGCCUCUGGAAAAUCCACCUUUUUUAAAGCAAUCGAAUUGUAUAAAAAGGGAUGUUUUUCUAAUUCAAAUACUAAAAAAGGAGUCAUUUAUUUCAAUAUUAUAAAAGAUAUGGGAGAAUUGUGUAAAGAAUAUUUGAAAUUUUCAACAGAAUUUUUAAAUUGUGAAAAAAACGAUCGAAUUUUUGAAAAUUUAGAUGAAUUACAACAAGUAUUUCCAAAUGAACUACCUCUAUCCAUCAUUAAUGCUAUGGAACGACUUGUGAAAUUAGCUUCUGAUAAGAGUUUUAUUCAGAGUGCUGUGAAAAGAUCUUCAGAUAGAUCCUAUAAUCAAACCUAUGAUACACAUUUUGGUGAACAAGUGUAUGAUGAUAUAGAAUUGUUAUGGAACUAUAGACCAUUUCAUUUAUUUGCACAUUAUCACUUGACACAUUUAGUGAUGCCUUCAUUUACUUCUUUACAUGGUGAGCAUGAUGAAAAUGGAUUGAUAUCAAACACGAGUACAGUAGCAGAGAUGAGAAAUUUUGAUUAUGAUGAUUUGAUUUACUUUCUUGAUCAUAGAAUGAAAGACAUUUAUCCUCCCUAUCAAUAUGAUCCAAAUUCAAUGGAUAUUUUACAUCGAAGACAAAAAACUGUUGGAUUAUAUUACAUGCAUUAUAUUGAAGAUGCAAUUUUUGAAAAUGGUACUAAAGAAACGAGGGAUUAUCUCUUUGUAGAUACUGGAGGACAACGUUCAGAACGUAAAAAGUGGUCUCUAGUCAUGCCAAACACUGUGAUGGUUUUCUUUUUUGUGGCCUUAUCUGAUAUGAAUGUCACACUAUAUGAAGAUAAUCAUCAAAAUCGAUUUUUUGAAUCAUUGCUCUUGUUUGAGAAGAUAUGUAAAGAAAUAGAUCUCUCACACACUCCAUUCAUCCUAUUUUUCACCAAAGCUGAUAUUUACAAGAAGAAAAUUAAGCGAGGCCUUAAACCUAUUGAACUGUUUGAAAGUAUGAACAGGUCUUAUCAAAUGACAAUUGAAGCUCAACAUUCGUCUCAACAACAAAGAGAACCACAGAUGGAAAUUGCAAUACCUGCACAAACCAUUGACCCUUCCUUGAACCUUGACUUAUCUACCGAGCAAGUAGAAAAGGUCUAUGUGGAAUCCAUAGAAUACUUCACUUCUCAGUUCAAACAACGCUUGUAUGGAACAGGUCAAACACUUCAAGUGUAUUCUCUCAAUACUACAGACACAAACGAAUUUAAUUCGACAUUUAAAAAGGUCAUGAGCGAUUUAAAUAAGAUUCAGCGUGAACCUUGA